CUGCUGUUUUCUGACCACGUGCGAUCACAUUUUCGCUCAGUAUGAAGAGAAAACAAAAUAAAAAGCAAUCGGCUGUUUUAGAAGGAAAGGGAUCACGUGGUGGUCAGGAUCCUGGCCUAGGCCCCCCUCCUGCUAAAAAGAAGCCAUCUGGUCUCUACAAGCCUCCAACACAUGAAGAGCUACAAACGCUCAAAGAAACGGAGUCAUUGUUUAGGACAAACCUCAUUAAACUACAAAUUACCGAAUUAAUUUCUGAGGUGAAGCCAAAUAGCUCAAAAGAGGCGAGUGAGGCUCUUGAGACGUUUCUUCAUAAAUUAAAAUCAGAGCUCUCAUCUAUAAAGACUACCGAGCGUUUAAAGUUAUCUGAGGGGCUGCGGCUCUUGCCAAAGAUGAUUAAGUAUCCGUUAAGUUUCCCUCCCUCACCCAAUAUUAAAGGUCACUUUGAGUUCUCACCUCCUUCAAAGAUAAAGGUCACCGGGAGCUACCUCCUAGAGACAAACCUGAAGACAUCUCCCAAUGUUAACCUAACCGUUGAGAUACCACGAGAAUGUCUUCAAGAGAAGGAUUACAUGAAUUAUCGUGUAUUCCACAAAAGAGCUCUUUAUCUCUCGAUUAUUGCCGGCCAUCUCAUCAAGAAGAGGAAACUGAUAUCGUCUCUGGAUUUCACUUAUGAUCUCAACUAUCCUCUACUCCCAAUACUAACACUGACUCCUAAAGACUCCAGUCAGUUUACUGUGUACAUUCACACUACCAUACCAGCUGAUACCUUCCCAUUGACAAAGCUUCUACCAAGCAAGAGUAACGUACGUCGUUUCGCUCGACCAUUUCCUUUUGGAGAGAAGGAGGAGGAGGAAAGAGAGUGUGAUCAUGAAGAUCUUCCUCCUCUUCCCACUCCUCACUACAACUCUGCUAUCCUCCUUGAGAUGGGAUCACGGGAGAAACACCUUGAAGAACUGUACUCUGCUUCUGCUGUUGACUGUCCCUCCAUUACUGAGGCCACUCUAUUGUGUAAGACAUGGCUGCACCAGAGAGGCCUUGACCAGGGUUAUGGUGGAUUCACUGGCUUUCAUGCUUCAAUGGUUCUGCUAUAUCUCCUGAGACAGAGGAAACUGAAUCAUUUCAUGAGUAGCUAUCAAGUUUUUAGGAUAUUCCUACAGUUUCUAGCCAACAGCAACUGGGACGAGAGAGGGAUAAGCCUGGGGGAUAGAGAGAACUAUCCUUCACUGCCAUCAAUAGAUGAGUUUCAUUCUUCAUUUCCCAUUGUCUUUAUUGAUUCUUCUGGUUACCUAAAUCUAACAGCACACACUUCACUCCAUCAGUAUCACGCCCUCAGACAGGAGGCUGGGCUCUGUCACGCCCUCCUUGACAAAUCAGACGGGAGCUUUGGAAGCGUGUUUUUGAAACCCGUUAAACCUGUUUUGAAAUACGAUGCAUUGUGCAAGUUUGAUCUCUCUGCUGGUAAUAUAAAAGGCUCUCCAUUGUUUGACAGAAACAGUGACAAGUGGGAGGAGCUUGUUUUUGAUUUUGGUGGGUGGGUAUGGCCAGGAGUGCUUGAUGAAGUGAUGCGUGUAAUUGAUAAAGGAUUAGAGGGACGUGUACAAUUGAUUAGUCAAUUACCAGUCAAGCGGAACAAAUGGGCAGUUACAGCUGUCUCCCCCACGUUGGCUGGCUCUGAUGUUACACUGGGUCUUAUAUUCAAUACUGAGAGAGUCUAUGAGCCUCUUAUAAUGGGACCACCAGCAGACAGCAAUGAAGCGUCUACUUUCAGAAGUUUUUGGGGUGAAAAGUCAGAGCUGAGAAGAUUUCCUGAUGGGAGUAUAAACGAGGCUGUGCUCUGGACAGAGGAAAAAGGAGAGGGGGAGAAGAGGAACGUCCCACGUCUGAUCAUUGACCACAUUUUGAAAAGACACACCCAUAUAGAGGGUGUGGUCUUAACACACAACACUCUCGACUCUCUAUUGAGUUCUGGAAAAGGCUCAAUAGAUACAAGAGAGGGCGUGUCUGUGGGUGUGGUCAAUGCUUUUAUUGAGUUAAGUCGUGAGUUGCGUCAGUUAAAGGACCUCCCACUUGAGAUAGCAACUGUCAAAGGAGCUUCACCGAUAUUCUGUCACACUGAGGUACAUCCUCCUUUACCAUGGAAUGGCAAGUCUUCCUCUAAAGUCCGCUCCCUUCCCCUCCCUCUCGUACAAGAUCACUGUCUCCACCCGUCCUGUGACGUGACCACGCCCACCCUCACCCCUUGUUUCCAUGUUGUCAUGGAGAUGGAGGCUAGCGGGAAGUGGCCCGACUCACCGGACGCCAUUGAUAACAUUAAAACAGCUUUUUAUUUAUCAAUAUCCAGUUCACUUAGGAAACAGCAUGGGCUUAUUACAGGGACUUCUAAAGACUAUAUUGACAUACUUAAGAAAGGGUAUGUUUUUCGUCUCACUAUAUUCUAUCUUCGUGAGGUGAGUAUACUGAAUGAUUUGAGGACUCCACAGUCUCUCAGUAAAGCAAAGGGACUGGAGAAGGACUGCAUUAGUAAACCACUACUGGUAUCAACUCUCAACGGAUUACACAAUCAGUUUCCUGCUUAUAGUCUUGGGACUCGUCUCUGCAAGAAGUGGGUGUGUUCUCACCUUCUGACCAAUCAGAUUCCAGACGAGGCCGUAGAACUUCUUGUUGCUCAUUUGUUUCUUCAUCCAGGCCCUUACCUGGUUCCUGGCUCUUCAGUAUGUGUCCUGCUGAGGUUCUUCGAUCUUUUACUGUCUCAUGACUGGCCACGUGAUCCUCUCUUAGUCGAUCUUAAUAAUCAAUUAAAUGACGAGACCACAUCGGAAAUUAUUUCUUCUUUUAGUAAGGAUAGGGAGAGACAGCCGCUCAUGUUUAUAGCCACACCUCUUGACCACACCUCCAAGCUAACUAAAGACAGACCGUCUGCCCCGGUAAUGGGUAGAUUAUUGACGCUGGCUAAAGCAUCCCUCAAUUUACUGACCAAUCAGAUUGACUCCCUCCAAAUUGGGCGGGAAUCUCCUGACUUUAAGCAAAUAUUUCGUUCUCCUCUCACUGAUUAUCACCUUCUCAUUCAUCUUGACGAGUCAAAAGUCCCACGCCUUCAAACUGGUAGAGUGUCGUCAGUGGAUGGUCACCAUUACUCUCACCUCCCGAUAGUUCAGUUUGAUCCGGUCCAUUUGUAUGUACAAGCAUUAGAAUCUGCAUACUCUAAUCUGGCAAUGUUCUUUUACGACAAACAUGGUGGAAGCGUCAUUGGCGUGCUCUGGAAACAAGCAGCUUUCAAGCCACACCCAUUUAAACCGAAUGGCAUGCAAUGUCGUGUAACAAUCAGUAAAUCAGAAUCAAAGUUACUCGUUGCACCUGAUAAAGAGGUGAUAAUUAGUGACAUGAUGAUACUAGGAGAUGGACUUGUAAGAAAUAUCGAGGUGCUUGAAACUCGUCCUUCUUGAGGUGUGAUCUUAUC